UGGUUUAAAGCAGAAAAGUCUACCUGGUCACUCUACGGCACCCAUUAGCAAUUUCGAAAAUUGUAAUUUAUUUGCUUCCAAUUAGCUGAGGCAUAAACGUUGCGCCACCUGUCCAUCGCCCUUCCAGAAUGUCUGACGUGUACAUCGUGUCCGCCGCCCGCACCCCCAUAGGUAGCUUCAAUGGAACGCUUUCUAAACUCAAGGCCUCUGAUCUGGGCAGCGUGGUGAUCCAGGAGGUGCUCCGAAGAGCCAAUGUGGAGGGACAGCAGGUCAGCGAGGUGAUUCUCGGCCAGGCGCUUUGUGCGGGCCAGGGUCAGAAUCCGGCACGGCAGGCUUCACUCAAGGCGGGUCUGCCCAUCCAGGUGCCAGCCUAUGGCAUUAAUUUGCUCUGUGGAUCGGGUUUGAAAACUGUUGCCUUGGGCUAUCAGGCCAUCCGCUCAGGCGAUGAAGUCGUGGUGGCAGGUGGACAGGAGAGCAUGUCUCUAGCUCCACACGUAAUACACUUGCGACAGGGCGUUAAAAUGGGACCCGGCACACUGGUGGACACAAUGCUUAACGACGGUCUCACCGACGCCAUGGAGAACAUACACAUGGGCGUCACAGCCGAGAAUCUUGCAGAGCAAUACCAGAUCAGUCGGGAGGCUCAGGAUGCCUAUGCCGUUCAGUCACAAAAUCGUGCGGAGGAGGCCCAGAAAAAUGGCUACUUCGAUAAGGAGAUUGUACCCGUGGAGAUCAAGGAUCGCAAGGGCACUCAGAUCUUCGACAAGGAUGAGUACAUCAAGGUCGGCAGUACCAUCGAGGGAAUCCAAAAGCUACGUGCGGCCUUCAAAGAUGGCGGUUCCGUUACCGCUGGCAAUGCCUCCGGUGUUAACGAUUCCGCUGCCGCAGUGCUGCUUAUGUCGGGCGAUGAAGUGACCAAGCAGGGUUUGAAGCCGCUGGCCAAGAUUGUGGGCUGGACGCAGACCGGCAUUGAACCGAAGGUGAUGGGCUUAGGACCAGUUACAGCCGUUGAAGCUUUGCUUACCAAAAUAGGUUGGACACGCGAAGAAGUAGAUCUUUACGAGCUUAACGAAGCUUUCGCCGCCCAAUCCCUGGCUGUGCUGCAGGACCUCAAGCUGGACGCCAGCAAAGUCAAUGUAAAUGGCGGUGCAAUUGCCUUGGGCCAUCCAAUUGGUGCUUCAGGCGCCCGUGUCCUGGUCACGCUUUUGUACGCUCUAGAGCGUACAGGUGGAAGUAAGGGUAUCGCCUCCCUGUGCAUUGGCGGUGGCAUGGGCAUCGCCCUGGCCGUAGAACGCGUCAACUAAGCCCACUCAUGGCCAUAUUUAUUAUUUUCCCGUCUCCCUUAAGUGUACAGUUGCAAAGUAGUAUUGCAUUUUUUGAUCGCGUAGUAUUUCCAAGUAUGAAUAUGGUGUACACCGAACCCAAGUCACAAAGUCUACUCAAUUAAAGCAAUUUAGAAACGUUCA